GUUGGCAAUAAUAGCAAUACAGGUGGAGCAAUCCAUUGAGUCUGAAGGAAAAUCCGAAAAUUUUCAGCAGUCUCACAAAGACUCAAAAAACCAAUGAUUGGCAAAGCAUGGACCGCAGUUUUGCACACACAACAUCAUGGACGAUCAUUUGUACACUGAUUCAGAGCCGGGCUACAGAGCCACGCAUGUAGAUUCUCGCAUUCCGCCUCCUUCCACGCGCGAUUAUUUGUCUUCUCGAUCACGAAACAAUCAUCAUUCCUCCAACCAGAACCAACGCUCGCGACGCUACGAACCGUAUCACUCCAAUCGAUCCAACGAUGCGCCCACGAGAGCGCCACCAGCUUCGCAUUCACAGUACAACGACUCGCCACCUGCUGCACCGCGAUCCGUCCAACCCGAACCGCCCAAACAGAAACCUGUGCUUAAAAUCGAUUUUCACGCCAAUACCGACUUUGUAGAAUGUGCCACGGAACCCGAAUCGAAACGAUACAGUGUCGAGGAUAUCGUCGAACUCAUUGAUAUAAGAGAAGCCAAGACCGAUGUGGAUUUUUUGAGUUUCGGUGAUGUGAUGCAAAAAUUGAACGCAUUGCGACUGAAAACAGGCCGAUUAUCCCAUGAACAAUUAUCUUCAGCCCGACAACGUAGCAAUCCUUUCGAACACAUUGGUAAAUCCAUUUUCAUGAACCGUGCCGCCACCAAAUUAGCGGCCUUGGAUGCCACGUUCCAGUUGACAGCGACCGAAUUGAACAAGCCAUUACUGUUUGCCGACAUCUGUGGCGGACCGGGCGGUUUCACAGAGUAUUUGCUGUGGCGUACUUCCAGCGGGGGCGGAUCGGCUCACGGAUAUGGUAUUACGUUGAAAAGCUCGGAUGAUGCGGCCAACUGGCAUUUGGAAGAGAUGCGUCGCGAUAUUCCGCUGAACUUUACGCAGAUCGAUGGGGUGGAUGGAACAGGCGAUCUCUACAAGGAAGCCAAUAUCCGAGAAUUUGCAGCUGUGGUCUCAAAUCAUACGAAAAAGCGAGGCGUGGAUCUUGUCGUCGCUGAUGGCGGAUUCGAUUUCACCGGCAAGGAGCACAUGCAAGAACAGUUGGCACGAAAGCUCAUUCUGUGCGAAAUCAUCACGAUGCUUACAUGCUUGAAGCAAGGUGGUACAUUUGUCUGCAAAUUCUUUGACAUGAUGGAAGAUUUUACGGCCGAUCUUGUUUGGCUGUUGUAUCAACUGUUCGAUCGUAUCUGUAUCACCAAACCGUUGACGAGUCGACCUGCCAACUCUGAACGUUAUGUCGUAUGCAAAAACUUACGGCCCGGUCAUCCUAUCAAAUUAAUCGAAGCACUUCUGGAUGUCAAUCGAAAAUUAGACGAGAAUGCAACAAAGGAUAUUUGUUUCGUUCCUAGAUCCGUAUUGGAGAAGGAUGAAACCUUUGUCAAUUAUGUCAAAAUGCGAAAUAUGAAAUUUGCCGUGAAACAAACGGAGACACUCGAACAAUUUGGACAAUUCGUCAAUGAUCCUCAUCGACCGGCAACUUACGAUCAAAAUCAGGUGCGACGCCAAUGCUUAAAUGAAUGGCACUUGCCCUUGAGCGAGAAUGAACCGUAAAACCUCUACUUCUUACAUGUCAUCGCCUCUUAGCUAUACGCUCACAGUGAUAGUAAACACGUUUAUCGCAACCAAGCUCUUGAUUUGUAAGAUGGUGGAUCGUUUCAUUUCUAGAUAAAAAAAAAGAUCAAUAAGAAUCCAUCAUCCAAAGUCAAAAUGAAAGAUAGCCUUGCCAUUAGCCAUUUG